CUUUGUAAAGAUAUACCAGAGACACGCUACAUUAAAAUGAGAAACAAUCAAGAGAGAAACAGAAGUAAGAAUAAUGAUUUAUGAUUAGUUGCAGUGAUGGUCUCAAAUGAUUUGGAGGCCACUUACAAUUCAUAUUUUUUCCUGAAAGCAUCAGCUGUCCAAGAGCAUGAAAGGGUUAAAGUGCUGUGUCACUAUAAGACCCAGAGUUCCUACCAGCCCUGCCGUAUUACAUGGCUAAGUGUUUGAAAAGCUUGUAGUCGUGUAUUAAUGUCAUGUAAUAAACUAAAACCCUUUUCGCGUUAUUGCUAGUUAUUGUUUCCCCCCUGCUGUGUGAGUGCUAACAGUGGCUGACCGGUGUGACAGCUCAGCUCAGCUCAGCUCAGUGUGAUGGUUAGCGGUUAGCUUACACUCGGUACCAAGGAGACAACCGUACACAAAUACCUCAACAACCACGAAAACACACAAGCAACAAUUUAAUCCAGACUACCAACAAGUUAUAUAACGCGGUGAACAAGACUCGUGGAUAUUAAAGGAAGUUCCUGCAGGAGCCUAAUGCAAACAUGCCUGAUGCAAAGUCUGACAUGGAGCGAGUUGGGCUCUUUAAGGAAAUGGGCUACAUCUCCAUAGGGGACAAAUACAGACCCUUUACUUAUCGUCCGUUUAAUGAAGCUGCACAUAAAAACAAGCAGAUGUUGGUGAGUGGGCCGAAGAAGAAAUCAGCACUCCAGGCUGGCUACUUUGACACUCAGUUCAAGCGGAUCUUUGAGAACGAGGCAAUGACGGACCGUAUUAAAAUCCAAAGGCAGUACCAGAUUCAGCAGGCGAAGAAGAACUUAGCAAAGGCAUUUUUGCCCAGCAGUGGGGAAAAGAAAUCCUCAGGUAUUGGCAGUUACUAUGGAACACUCGGGGGUCCAGUUAAGGCUAUGAGUCCCUUGGAGAUUCCCAGGAAGACAUACAAAUCCCCUGGCAAGAACAUAUACACCAGUCCACCCAAGAAAGGAAGUGGAUAUAGCUUUCCAGAUGUCACACUAUCCAAAUUGGAAUUGUAUUCUUCUGAACCCUAUGACCGAGUGAGAGAGCUGCUAAAGCAUGAGGUGGCAUCUCACAAAACUCAGAUGAAAGGGGGGCCAUUUCGUUUGAACCUUCAUCCAAAGGAAUGUUUCGAUAGCAAUCCUUACAAGCUUAAUAAACCUCUGGCACUUUCAAACAUGGCAGAAGAAAAAAAGACGCACUUUGCUGUGCCUUUCAAACCAACGUCUCCUAGCAAAAUGAUUGGAGGAAUGAAAGCAGGAACAUUCGAUCCAUAUCCGUCCCAUUCCACAGACCCUUACAUCAUUAAGAAGCCGAAGUCAGAUUCAGUGAGCGCAAAUAAAGGGGUGAAAAUCUUCCACCCAUCGGCCGGCCCGAAGAGCACUCCAGUGAAGAGCAUUAUCUCUCUCAAUGUGAACAGGUUUGUGAAUGCCACCAACUACAAUCAAGUCCCCUCUGUGUUAGCAUAUUAAGUGGCGAUGUCUGGCCUGAGCCAUUUGAUGAUGCAAUUGGAAAUCUGAAGAUGAAUUCUAUCUUCCAGCAAUGUACUGAUGCAAGUAUAAUUUCAUUAAUGCCAGACGAGAAUGUUAUUGUGGUUGGAGGUGCACAAAAGUAAACCAUACCUGUCAUACA